GCUUGCGCGGCGAGGGAGGCGAGGCGCGCGGUUAUUCGGUGUCAUAAAAUGGCGGCGUGAAAGGGGACGAGCGUAAAGUUGAUUUGGGUAUAAAACUAAUCAUUUGUUGCAGUUUCAAGAUCCUGGAUAUCGGCGUCGCUGUUGGGGGCAGUUGGGGACUUGUUUCGUUUGCGAUAAAGGUGUGUUUGCUGGUGUCGCGCUUGUUAUUGCCCGGUACCGAGGCGGUGAAACGGCAUGGAUGUCGGACGGCACCGGUAGUUAAAGCCAGAAAAGUGAUCAGAGCUGUGAUGGCGAAGAGGAUAGCAGAUAAAGAGUUAACCGACCGGAAUUGGGAUCAAGAAGAUGAAGGAGAAGAGCCCGGAACGUUCUCCCUUGCAAGCGAAGAUGUACUGAAGAACCGGCCAAUCAAGAGGGCAAAACGCAGAAGCAUGGCGACUGAGGGUGAGGUCGGAGGUGCUUUCAAAGGCUUUAAAGGUUUUUCAAUGACCUCAAUGGGGACAGGGGGAGGUGCAGCCUCAUUUGCAGGCUUGGGGAAUGGCACCGGCUUCAAGACCCUGUCCACUCUGACGAAUGGGAAUGGUGGUGCAGUUGCCCCGCCCACCCUCUCUACACUUGGCUCCACCCCCACAGCAAAGACCACCACAGGCUCAUUGGCAUUCAACGGCCCCGCCUCUUCCCAACCCCCCGCCACUGACGUGGGCGGCAGGCAGCCCAAUGGCCCCGCCCCCGGUGCAGCUCAGAGUCCUCAGAACAGCCGGGAGUACAGCCGGCAGCUGACGGCGCUCAACUACUCUGUGCGCGACUGGAUCACCAAGCACGUCAACGACAACCCGCUGUGCGACCUCAACCCCAUCUUCCGCGACUACGAGCAGCACCUGGCCAGCAUCGAGCGGCAGUAUGGCGGGGGCUCAGAGGGCGAGGCAGCCAAGCAGGGGGGCUCCCAGCCCGCCGGGGCCGCGGUUGCUGCCUCCGCCCCUGCAUCCUCCACCGGAGGCAGCAGUGGGAUAGCUUCCUUGCCAGGGGCAACUCUGCUCGCCCAGGAAAAAGAGAGCGCCGCCCCGCAGACGGUUCCAUCCGGCGUCACAUUUAACUUCGGCAAGAAGGUGGAUGCCUCGCUGUUGGGUCCCCUGGGUGCCGGCGGAGCGGGCAGCUUCUCCUUCUCCACCAAGAGCUCCUCCACCUCCCUCUUCGGGGGCCACGGGGCCGCCGUCACGGCGAGUGGCUUCUCCUUUGGCGGCGCCAAGGCAGAGGCGACAAACAGUGCAGGAGGGAAAGAUGAGAACGGAGGAGCCGACGAAGAGUCAGAGGAGCCCCCUAAGCCUGUGGUCACGGAGGUCCAGGAGGACGACGCGUUCUACUCUAAGAAGUGCAAACUGUUUUAUAAGAAAGAGAAUGAGUUUAAGGAGAAGGGAGUGGGGACGCUGCAUCUGAAGCAGGUGGCCGAUGGGAAGACUCAGCUCCUGGUGCGGGCCGACACCAACCUGGGAAACAUCCUCCUGAAUAUCCUGUUGCCCGCCUCCAUGCCCUGCUCACGCACGGGCAAGAAUAACGUGAUGGUGGUGUGCGUGCCCAACCCCCCCGUGGAUGAGAAGAGUCCCACCAACCCUGUGCCGCUGCUCAUCCGGGUCAAAACGACCCAGGACGCAGACGAACUGCACAGAAUCCUGCUGGAAAAGAGGGCGUGAGGCCCCACCCCCCCAGCCGGGACUGAACAAACGCCAAUGGCGUCCCUACAGGCUGUGUCCCUUUUAGCAGAUCACCUUCCCCCUUACCUCUGCCUCCCCUCCACGCCCUUCGGUCCCUCGUUGUCGAAUGUGCGAUAAUCCGGCCCUAGACCGUGUCGUGGUAACUCGAGGUUCACAUACUUUGUCCCCUGGUACAGUUUUGUAAUGAAAGUCGCUAAGUAGCAUGCUUGUAUAUAUUUUAGAUUAAGUAGUCAGUUGUCAUACUGUGAAAUGGGAUUGUUAUUUUUUUUGCCAUGCUUCUAGGCGUGAGACACCCUCGCUUCUGGCCAAACUGCUCAUGCAAAAAGGUUUCUUUUCAGAAACUUAGGGGAUAUUGUUUAUUGAACCAUUUUGAAGAUUUAUUUUUUUUUAAACGUGGAAAACGAGUCAAGGCUCCCUGGAGUCAGAAACAUUCCGUCAGUCGUGAACUUUUGCUGCUAUCCUGUAGUUCAGUGGAAGAUUGAGGUCAGUCAGCCAGCCGCUGCUAAGCCACCAUCGACCCGAAGAUUUUAAACUGCGGUACUGAUUAAUUCGGACACUGUUGUGGCAGAAAGGAACAAAAGAUUUUGAAGAUGUGAGUGUGGGUAGGAGCAAGUCCGCUGUGAUUCUGUAUGUCAUGCUACUGGUUAAUGAGGAAAUGGAACCUUCAGGAAUUACUAAGUCUGCAGUUUUGCUUCUGUAAUUGGAGAUGUUAUUACUGGCUCUGCUGUUCUGGCACCCUGUUGCUCAUUUAGGCAUUUUCUUGCUUUGUAUUUUUUUGUAAAUUAAAGGAAACGUGAUUUCA